AUGGGCUAUCAUCGCCUCUGGUCGCAUCGUUCAUUUGUCGCCUCCGAACCAUUACGGUGGUUUCUAGCGCUGUCAGCUCUCUUUGGCUUGCAAGGUUCUAUCAAGUGGUGGGUUCUUCGACAUCGCUUACAUCAUCGCUUUACGGAUUCCGAUGCAGACCCAUACAACGCCAAGCGUGGAUUGUUAUUUUCACAUAUAGGUUGGAUGCUUUAUAAUCCGCGAUAUGAAAAACUCAACCUUAUUGAUCGGAUGGUGGUGCUUCAGCAUCGAUAUUAUGUACCACUCGGGUAUUUCAUGGGAUUCGUGCUGCCUUACCUGGUUUCGACGUAUAUUCUUAAAUCAAAUCAACAUUCCAAGUGGGAUGGUCUCAUUUGGGGUGGGUUUGUAGUGAAGCUAUGGGUAUGGCAUAGUGCUUUUACAACCAAUUCUUUGGCGCAUUACCUUGGGAAGCAGCCUUUUAAUUUAGACCUAACGGCGAGAGGUAACUUCUGGUUAGCUCUUCUUACACUUGGGGAAGGAAACCAUAGUUGA